AUGCACAAUGAGACACCAAAGUAUCUCUUGCCACUGGCCAUCAGUACACCACUAGGCGACAUCACAUCAUCAUUGGUCAAGCGACUUGUAGAGGAGUUGAAUGCAUUCCUCGCAACCUCAUCAUCCUCAUCAUCACCAUCACUUAAUCACAACAAUCAUCAUAUGAACAACAGUGGAAACAGCGUCAACAAUAACAAUAAUAAUAAUACAACGACAAAGAGACAACAACAAUCACCUGCGACAGAUAUGCUUCAGUACUUGCUGGGAGGUACACCGACAUCAGAGGCACCAUUGAUAUUAUAUGCAUUGGAGAUACUCACUCGAUACUCCUCCAGUGGACUAUCAAUAUCAUUCAUUCGUUUCCUAGUCGUAGUCCUCACUCACCUUUUGCUCAAUCACAAUAACAAUAGCAGCAACAAUAUUACUACGAUUAACAGCAAACAUAACAAUAUUGUCAACUCGAAUAUACAACCAUUCCCAGGCAUUCAUACAUACUUCUAUUUGACGCCACUUCCAUUCUCUGCGAUUGUGUACGAUCACAACGACUUUGCCACGCACAUCUCGACCAACUCAUCACCGACAUUCUAUGGCAUGGGCAUGGGAAUGGGAAUGGGUACAUCGCCUCCAUCCUUCCAGCUUGUCGACGAUAUGAACAACAACAACAACAACAACAAUAGCAAUGGCCUGAGGAACAGCAGCCUGAACCAGCAUCACGAACUGCGAAACCCGACUACACUCUCAAGCUCAGGUGCGUCAUCUCCGACACUUUCACAAUCGUCUGAUCAUGGCGGCAUGGGUGCCACACUGCCCAAGUCCACCCACGACCUGGCGCCACACAUCGCCGUCUGCUUCCAGCUGCUCAAGAUCCUGGGCAACAUCGUGCGCGACAUUAGCACACUGGGCGACAUGCUGCGCUCGGACUGCAUCGAGAUGCUUGUGGGCAUCCUGCUGCACCAGACGUCGGCGCCCAGCCACUCGCCCAUCAUCUACAGCCAGAUCGUCAGGAUCUUUGCCCAGAUCAUGUCCAGCUGCUGCCUCUCCAAGGAGCAUCUGCAGGUGCUGCAUGACAAGCGCGUCGUCGAGAGUUUGCUCAACGUGCUCAAUCAGCAGGAGACGCACACAGCCAAGAAGCUGCCUGUGCCAACGAUCAUCGAGAUCACGCAGGUCAUUGUCUACACGAUCAAGAGUUCAUCGCGUCUAAUGGUCACGCUGCACAACGACUUUGACAACAACAACGGCUACACUGUGUUACUCAACACCUUUAUUCACAUUGCCGACCAUGGCAGCCUGAAACACAAGCUGGACAUCAUCAACGUCGCCUGUAAUCUUCUAUUUAUUUCCCUUCGAAAGGAGUUCCAACUCGACUCUCCAGACGCCUGUUAUCAUCUAAACAACAUAUCAAAGACAAGCUUAAAGGUGUUCAAUAUAUUCAUCAAUAUCUUCUCGAUAACAAACAGCGAGGAGAUGAAGACAGAGUUGCUCAAGUGCAUCAAGGAUAUAUUCAACUUGGGAUUGAUUGCCGAACAUCCAGCAGACUUUGAACAGAUGGACAAUGACAAUGUGGGCCUGUUCCAUCAGCUCGAACCCUUCAAGAUCUUCUUUGCCCAGUUCGACCUGCUCAGCACGAUCAAUAGACGACUGAUCCUCGACAUGAUGGACGAACUGCUGCUCAAGAACCAGAUCAAGGAGGCAGAGAUUAGGUUCUACGUGUCGCUGCUCGAGAGCAGUCUACCCAGCACUGUGCUGAUGGUCAGCCAGCACAUGACCGACCUUAUCGCCAAGUCCAAGAUCAAUCUGCUGGAGCUGGAAGAGGCGGGCAUCAUCAAGAUACUAAUGUUCUAUCUGACCGAUCCCCAGGGUUUGCCCUUCAAUGAUGUGCUUCGCGAGAAUCCCUCUGAGCUCGAGAUCUGUCUGCAGCUGUGUAACGCAAGCGCGGCCGCUGCGGCCAACCCCAGUCAGCCCCCUGGUUCAGGCACAGUGACCAACAGCACAAUGUUUGUGCUGUACCAGAUCGAGACAUCAGUGCUCAAGCUGCUGCUGGAGUUCUUCAUUCAGUCCAUCCACAUACAGAGCCUGUUCGUGGAGGCUGGAGGUCUCAAGUUGCUCUACAAGCUGUUGUCGGAUCCACAUCUCAUCCAGCCCAUCCUUCAAGCGAUCGCGACUUUAGCUAUUGGCAAUCUGGGCGUGGAGUCCAAGAUUAUUGCCGACCUCAUCGAAGUAUUGCAGAGCAAUGGAGGUGCGACUACCCUGGACACACAUGUCUUAUCAAUGCGCAAGAAUAUACUUGCUGCGAUGUGUUAUAUAUUCCACAACAAUGACAAUUCAAAGAUGUCGUUCAAGGAGGCUGGAGGCUUCACUUGGUGCGUGUCGAUAUUGGAUGGCAUCAGCCGUGUGGUCAGUAGGGGCAAGUCAUCGUCCAAACUAAAGUCCUCAAACAAUGACAUAUUCUUCUUCCUCAAGGUUCUGAUCGAUACUCUGUCUGCUGUCAUGAAGAGCAAUCCAGACAAUCAGAAGUACUUCCGCGAGGAGAUCCAGUUCUCCACGCUGUCCAACACACUCAGUGGAUGCGGCUACAUGGAGAGCGCAUACUCUGUGUCCCUGUGCGACAGUCUACUCAACAUGGCCGUGUGUGGUAGCUGGCCACCUUCAUGCGAGCAACACUCACUCGAGGAGGGAUCACUCCUCUCUGUAUAUUCUCCAAACUCCUCAUUUUUCCCAAUCACUAUACCUUUCACAAAUGGCAGCAGCAAUGUCAAUGGCAAUGGCAAUGGCAACGGCAACAGUACAGGCGGCGUCUCAUGGUCUGGCGACACAAACUUAGAUGGCAACAACGCGCAAGCUGACGAGUUCUUGAUUCCAUCACGACGCGGACGCUCAAUGACCAUCGACGUGAACAGCCCUCCACUUCGCGCCAUUCUUCAGAAUAACCAGGCGUCGUCGUACUCUUCGCUGGACUUGGCAAUGGAGGUGGGCAUUGGCAAUCCGCAAUUCUCCAAGGUUGUCACAGACAACUCGUUGACGCUCGCUCAGGAUCGCUACCACAACUGUCCCCAAUGCCGCGACUCCCUGGCCAUCGAGAACCCCGAGAUCUUCAAGCUCAUCAUCCGUCUGAUGGGCGGCAACGAGGAGCAAAUUCAAAAGAUGGAGUUGAUAUCCUCGUGCUACAUCCUCAAGGAGAUCAUCUUCUUGGCCAGCUGCUCCCUGCUCAAUCUCAAGUCGCUGACAUCACUGCUCGUUGACAUUGUUGACAACUUCAAGCCGCUUCUCCUGAUCAACACCGAGGCGCACAACAACAAGAAGAAGAGUUCUCUAAAGCCUCUGUUGCUCGAGUUGGUGCAGACCAUCGCCAGUCACAACUUGUCUUUGAGUGGCUUCCGCAAGUACUUUGAACUGUUACGCGUCAAGGAGUAUCCAAUCGACCUUCUGAACAUCCUCGUCAAGAUAUCGAGUCGAGACAACAUCCCCACAUACUAUGCCGAGUUGUCCAAAACGUCGCUCGAGUGCAUCGACUUCCCCUCAUGGGGAGACAAGUCAUGGCCACCCCUCAAAGGCUACGGUAUCUCAUUCUGGUUCAGGUUCACAGCUCCCGUCCUUAGGAUAAACACCGAACCAAUCUACUUGUUGAGUGUUGAGGGUGCGGUAGUUGGAUACAAGGAUAGGACUUGCGAGGUCCAGCUUGUUCUCAACAAUGGCAUACUAUCAUACCAUGUGAUACAGACAGUGAGUGGCCAGACAACGGUCGAUCAGUACAGCUUCUCAGAGGUGGUAUUCGAACCAGACUGCUUCUAUCACAUCUGUUUGGCGCACACUGGUAUGCUUGGCACGCAGCAACAGGCUCAGAAGAAGUCGCCCAUCAAGCUCUACGUCAACGGCUGCUUCCGCAGCCAGUACCUGCUCACCUAUCCCAAGACCCAGAUGAUGACUUUGUACGUCCGCUUUGGUGGGCCCAGCGCAUCACAACAGUUCCAGGUAUUCCUGUCCAAGACCAACUGGCAUCUGGGCAACGCCUACUUCUUUGAGGACCUCCCACUCGACAAGGAAGUGUUCUAUCUCUACAUGCUCGGCCCUGACCACUACCGCGGCACCAAAGUCGAUCUGUCCUCCAUCGAGAACGUGCUUCCCUACAUGGACAAGCAGAACAAACUGCAUCCACUACUGAUGGACCAUCUUCAGAACCCAACAACGGCACACCUCUACAGUCUGCACGACAAGAUCAUCUCGAUCUUCUCAGCCAAGUGUCUGUACGUCACCAAGUCACACAGGAUCAUGAACAAGUCGGAGGCGAUCACGCACGCCUCGGCACAGCCACAGCAAUCGGCAGAGAGCUUCACGGGCACACUGAAGCGAAGCACGUCAAGAAGCUUGCUGGACAGCCUCAGUAAGAGCAGCGCGAUGACCGAUCUCAGCACGAGCAGCAUGCAAUCGCGAGGCUCACUCGCAGGAAGCAAUGUCUCGUCCAUGAUGUCCAACAGUCUCAGCUUCAGCUCGAUAUCAAGCCGCGACCGAAUGAUGGGUGGUGGCACGCCCACAAAGUCAUCAACGUUGAACGAGCCAUUGGCCACGCAAUCCACAAGUAUUCUGUCUUCAACGGCAAUGUCCACCAUCACAUCGGUGUUUGCAGGUGGUUCAUCCUACACUCCAUCUCGCUCCAGCACCGUCUACCACUUGGCGACCAACAACUACAUCUCGCUAUUGCAGACAGGCGUGCCCAUCCCCCUGCCCACGGGCGUAAUCUGCCAACGCGGCAUCAAAGACCUGGUGGCAGACUCGGGCGGUGUCCGCGUGAUCGUCUACCUCAUCGCUAUUGCCAACGACAAGGAGUACCAGCGCAGCAGCAUGCGUCUUCUCCAAUCAAUCAUUGCCAAUCACCAGUACAAUGGUCGCGACAUGAAGGACAUCCACGGCUACCAGCUAGUCAGCCACAUUAUACGCAAGAAGAAGUGGGCACUGGACGAGGGCCUGCUCUCGAUCAUGUUCUCAUUCGUCGGCGUGCAUGUAGCUCGCACCUCUAGCCACUUCAUCGACGGUGUCGUGCAGAAUGAGCUGGCACUCAAACACUUCUUGCUCGAGUGGGACAUCUGGCGCCGCGCCUCUCUCUACGAUCAGAAGAAGCUGUUUGAGUCGCUGGACAAGUUGGUGUCGGGCAUGAACGACAACCACGUGUUCAACAUCAUCAAGUUCCGCCAGGCUGGCGCCUUUGAAACAAUCCUCAAGAUAUGCCGCGAAGAGGACGUGCCUCAGGACCUGAUCCCGCUAUUCAUGUCGAUCCUCACGUUGAUCAUCCACAAGCCACCCAAGAUCAAGGAUGACUUGCACCUGCUGAUCUCCUACCUGCUCGAGACCAGUCCCAAGGGCAAACCCACGGGCGCUGCGCGACGCAGGAAGUCCAGCAACUACCUCAUCCAACUCACGCUCAACAAUCAUCAACACUCCUCAUCAUCGUCCUCAUCGGAAGCGCCAUUGUCCACCUCGCCCGGUGCACUCUCGACCAGUCCAUCGAUGUCCUCGUCGCCCCCACACUCUGGCCAGUCCACACCCAUCCCACUGUCCUUCCGCGAGACGAUACGCGUGUCCAUCUUGGAGUUGCUCAUCAACACGCUGAGCAAAUCCGACACGUCGGUGAUUGAGGAUUUCCACUCGAUCUGCAACCUCGAGACCAUCUUUGGCCUCCUGAUCAACGAGUCUGUGCCCAUCAGGAUACUUCUGCUCAAGAUCAUUGACAACUACCUGCACGUGCCAUCGAUCGCUGCGCAGUUCCAUCGCAUGAAGGGCUUCCACCUGCUUGCUCAGCAGAUGAUGUCUUACCCGCUGUCCGAGGAGCUGUUUGGCGUGCUGUUCUGCAUACUCUAUGGCGAGCCCACCAAGCAGAGCGAGAUCGACCCGAUCCUGUCAGCCUCAAUGCAGAUGUACUUCUUGUCGCAGACGCGCAGCGAUGUCAAGAUCGUCGUGCCAGGCAUCAUGAUCACCAUCCUCAUGGUGCUGUGCAAUGGCACGGCUCGCACACAGCACGUCGUCAUCAAGCUGGUGCACAACCUAUUCCUUCAGAACGACACGUUCAAGGAUCAGCUGCUCGAGCAGGAGCUUAUCCACAGGUUGAUUGAGUUGCUGGCCAGCAACUAUGCCAAGCGACCCACAUCAUUCAAUCACGCAACCUCACCAACGUUUGCCAAUCAUCGCAGUCCGUCACCCAUUCACACCAAGGAAGAGGCAUGGAAGGCUGAGGAGUCAAUCAUGUCACUGCUCAAAGAGAUUGCGCUCUAUGGCGCCAAGACAAGCGAAGGACUGACAUAUCUGCGCGACAUCCUUGUGAUCCUGCACCUCAACACCAAGAUGGACUACAACUACAUCUGCUGUCUACAACGUCGCGCUAUCCAGGACGUUGUGUCAUUCUUCAAUGAGAAUGAGUUCAGCUCCAACAGCGCCCUGGUGUCUUCAUUCGAGAAGAUCUGCAACCUGGCUAUCAACACACUCUGCUAUCAAGAGAAGAACUUGGUGUCCACGUCAAGUGGCAGUGGCAACAAGAAGCCGCCUGGUCUCGGAUACAGGUUCCCUGGCACUGGUACUGGCACCAUCUCUGGUACAAUGACAGGCACAGGCACAAUCAAGUCGUUGCCAUCCACGCCCACAAUGUUAUCACGCGCAACUGAUCCUCUCCCCACAAUGCCACUGUCACCCGAGUCCUCUAGCGACAUGCAGGCCGUGGAGAGCAGUCCAAACAUUGCCAGCACACAUCAAGCAUCGUCGAAUGAGGACACAUCUACUGAGGACUCGGAUGGCUCACCCUACGAGGGCGACCGACCCAAGCGCUCAAGCAUCCCACACUGGCUCAAAGAGGGCAACAUAUUCAACAACGAGACGUUUAUACAUGCGAUGAUCAACAUGCUAUCCAGCACCAAGCUGCCACAGACCAACAGCCAGUUCAAGUUCUUCUCCAACCAGUACUCGCCGACCACACUGCUCGGCAAGCUGAUCUACUUGUUGCUGACCUCGCCCGAAUUUGAAGACUGUGAGCUGCUCACGCUAACAUUGAUUGUGGGCAACGAUCAAACGAUGUUGGGCUCAAGCCGCAAGUCACUCUCACCAAUCAACGAGCUGCUGGUCGACGACGACUUCAUCCCCGUCCUCCUUUGUAUCACUCAUCGCUUCCUGACAUCAUGUCGCGAGGAAUCCCCUCUGUUCCAAAAGACCUUUGGAUUGUGGAGCAUCAUCUGCCAGGACGCCAGCCAGGAGAUCAUGAAGAAGGUGUUCAACAGCGUCAACUGGGAGCCCGAGAGCGCACAGGACAUGCUCAAUCGUUACAACAGCACUUAUGUGGACACAGAGUACAAGAAGUGGGAGGAGAAGAACAACCUCGUCAAGAAGGAGUGGCGUCUGCAGGGUCUCGAGAUCAUGAAGAACAAGCAGAUGGCCAUCGCCAAGAACAUGGACAUCUCCAAGUCGCCCAAGAAGCUGGCCGAGGCGCUGCUCAUCGUGAAGCAACAGUUUGAAAAGUCACGCAUCCAGUACCAGACCGAGACGAGCGAGUCCAAGCGAUUCUUCUUCACACAAUGGAAGCUGCUGAUCAAGAAGGUGACGCAUGAGAAGGCCAUCUGGGAGAUCACGCCAUCCAACAAGUGGACACUCGAUCCCACCGAAGGCAUGAUGCGUAUGAGGACCAGGAUGAAGCGUAUCACGCCCAAGUCUGAGCACUUGGCCAUCCCAAGCGAGCUGACUGUGGCGCCAACAGGACGAUCAACACGUGAGGAUCAGCACCACCCGCAUUGGUCCUCCACCCACAGCCUCAUCCACGGUUCAGCUGACGCCUACUCGGCCUUUGACAACCUGAUCGCUGGUGACAAGUUAAAUGCCUCGUUCCAAUGCUCGUGCAUCAUCCCCUUCCAUCAGCGCAAUGGCGAGCUACUCAUUUGCGACCUUAGCAUCUAUUUCAUGGACGAGCAACUUACGCUCGUGGGCGACGCCACCAGCAAGUCAGCCUCUAAGAAGUCCAGCUCAAGUGGCAAGCACAUCACAAUGUCGUACGAGGACAUCAUUGAGAUACACAAGCGACGCCACCUUCUCAAGAACAGCGCAAUUGAGAUCUUCUUGGGCAGUGGCGUGCCACACAAGACCUACCUCUUUGCUUUUGACAAGCCAAGCGAUCGCGACCUGGUCUACGACAUGAUCAUGUCCAAGCCACUACCCAAUCGCGUCAACUACGCGGCAGAGGUACAAGGCAACAUACUCAAGAUGUCCAUCACAAAGAAGUGGCAACAUGGUAUUAUCAGCAACUUUGAAUAUCUGAUGCACUUGAACACACUGGCCGGACGUUCAUUCAACGACCUCACGCAGUACCCCAUCUUCCCCUUCAUCCUGGCUGACUAUGAAUCGGCCGAGUUGGACCUGAACGCACCCGAGACGUACCGCGACCUCUCCAAGCCCAUGGGCGCGCAGGACCCAUCACGCCUCAAGAAGUUUGUCGAGAAGUUCAACUAUCUCCAGGAGAAUGGCGAGACUCCAUAUCAUUAUGGCUCGCAUUACUCAAACAUUGGCUCAGUGCUGCACUACCUGGUGCGCCUGCAACCAUUCUCGUCAUACUUUAUAGAGUUCCAGGGUGGCCGCUUCGAUGUACCUGACCGCUCGUUCCACUCGAUUCUUCAGUCGUGGCGCCUGUCCUCCUCAAUCUCGAGCAGCGAUGUCAAAGAGCUGAUCCCCGAGUUCUUCUACAUGCCAGAGUUUUUGGUCAAUGCCAACAAGUUCAAUAUGGGCGUCAAGCAGGAUGGCAUUGUCGUCGACGAUGUCAUGCUCCCACCAUGGGCCAAGGGUGACCCGCGAUUCUUUAUCAAGAAGCACCAGGAGGCGCUCGAGUCCAAGUAUGUCUCAGAGAACCUUCAGAACUGGAUCGAUCUGAUGUUUGGAUACAAGCAGCAGGGAGAGGCAGCUGUCAAGGCCUACAACAUGUUCUACCCGCUGACGUACGAGGGCGCCGUCGAUAUUGACACGAUCACCGACCCGCUCACACGUGAUGCCACCAUCGCCCAGAUACACAGCUACGGUCAGACGCCCAAACAACUGUUCACCAAACAGCACCCUGCCAAGAACAUGAAGAAGACCAUGCAGCAUCUUCAAGACGCCAUCUACACCAAUCCACAGAACCUCACUCCCUUCCCCAUGUGGACAAUCAGGAAUCCAGUCGGCUCAAUUGGACUCUCGGGCGAUACUCCAAUCCCAUUAUCACAACAAAAAAUACUCUUCUCUCCAGACACAAACAAGUAUGUGUCAUGGGGUCAUUGGGACCAGAACCUAAGGAUAUGUUCCAUUGACAAUGGCAAGGUCAUAUCGAUCAUUGAGGUGACGAACGAUGAUAUCAUUUGCUGCGACAUUACAAAGAAUGGUAGAUUGUUUGUAACUGGUGGCACUUCUGGUACUGUCAAGGUGUGGAAGCGAUGCAACACUGACGGCACAUUGAUGACACGCAAAGAACGUGGCGAUCACCUGUCACUCUGGUCACAACUCUGUGGACAUACCAACUCGAUCCUGUGCGUCACAGUCAGUCAAGAGUUUAGCAUCAUCGUGUCUGGCUCCAAAGACAACAACUGUAUCGUUUGGGAUCUGAACCGACUGUCCUACGUCAUGAACCUGCCACACGACAACCCAGUCACAUGCGUACAGGUGGCACCGACGACCAACUACAUCGCCACAGCAGAGACAUCAGUCAAUGGUGACUUUUGCGCCCUCAGACUCUGGUCACCCAAGGGCGAGUUGAUUGCCAAGAAGGAGAUGUACAAUGACCGCAUCAACUGCAUGACCUUCACCACCGGCACUGAGGGCGUGGUCACCAAUCUCUUGAUCACAGGCAUGGAGUCUGGUAAGAUCCAUCUGUGGGACGCAUGGAGUCUGGAGAGGAUCAGGACACUCGUGUCCAAGGCGCCAGUCACCGCGUUGGGAGUGAGUAAAGAUCAUACUCAACUCGUCGUAGGUGAUUCCAAUGGCAUACUAGAGUGCUGGGGCACCAAAUCAUUCGAUGGAUACUCUGCCAUUGUCGGAUAG